AUGUUUAAGUGGGUUAUGCCGGCGUCAGCGUUAGCGUCGCGCACAAACGCGACAACAAGAACAACACCAAUAGCAGCAGCCAAAACGACAACAACAACAAGAACAACAAUAAAACGGCAACUACUUUCCAACGCUUUAACAACAUUAAUAAUAAUAGGCGCAUUAUUUGUGCAGACAACAAGUGGAUUUAGAUCGUCAAUUGAAACGAACGGCGCUGGUCGCAAACUGUUUGGCGGCUAUCGCAUAACACCAAAGCACUGUCGUGCCACCAAAACGCUGCCCAGUUCGGAUCCGCGCUCCAAUGGCCCGACCAUAUGCAUGUUCAAUCACGAGUGCGCACAGCGGGGCGGCGAGGUGGUGGGCGCUUGCAUGGAUGGCUUCCUGUUCGGCGCCUGCUGUCAGAUACCGCAGACGCACGAGCUGGCCAGCACGCUGAUCAACGAUGCACAGAAUGCCUACUUCCAGCAGCAGCAGCAAAAGCUGCAGCACCAGCAGCAACAGCAGCAGCAGGCGGCGGCCCAAUCCUCCUAUGAGAACUAUGGCGAGCAGCAGCAGCAGCAGCAGCUCAGCGAUGAGCAGCAACAGCAGCAGCAGCAGCAGCUCAGCGAUGAGCAGCCGGCGCAGGGCAUUUACGAUCAACAGAAUCUGGAUAAGGUGUAUCAGCAGCUGGGCAGCACGGCUAGUCAGGGUCAGAGCGUGCAGACGGAUGAGCUGAGCUUUGCCAGCAGCUCCACGGAGGCGACACACUCGCAAUCGGCCAGCGUGGAGUUCGAACAGGAAGCGGAGCUGCAGCCCAACAAUGAGGAGAUCAGCACCAAUGAGCUGAAGCCGACGGAGCUGCCGCCAGCCAUACAAGUGAACAAGCAUUCGGUGAAGAUAAACACGUUCUCCUCGCCGCCAGGCAAUGAUGAUUUCGUGAUGCAGGUGCUGGCAACGCUGCCGCCCGAGCAUAUGGAUGACGUUCUGACAUUCACCACCGAGGUACCCAACAAGAUAGUCAAUGGGCAUUUGGAGCACAGCAGCGGUAGCUCCGAGUCCUCCAGCAGCUUUGAGGAAACACCCGCCACCAAGGCGCCAGCUAGCAUAACCACGCCGAAGCCUAAGCCCCAGCCCAAGCCGAAGCCGCAGCCCAAACCGCAAGCCAAGCCGCCGCCAAAGACCGCGGCGCAGUCAAAGCCUGUGCCCCAGCUGGCCGAGGUGAUGAAGCGACCAGUGCAGCAGCUGAAGCCCAAGCCCAAGCCUGCUCAGCAAUCGAAUAUGCAUCAUCACAAUCAUUUGAUACUCGAUGGCGGCGAGUUUACGCACAGCGACAUCACACAUCCCGGCGCUGAUGCGGAUCUGGUUGAGGAUUUGCAGUUCUCCACGGGCUACGGCCCACAGCCUGUCUAUGUGCAGCCUCCACAGGAGCAGCAACAGCAUCAACAUCAGCAGCAGCAGCAGCAACAGCAACAGCAACAGCAUCAACAUCAUCAGCAGCCCUCUUCCCAGAGCUACAUUUCCUCCUCCUCCUCUUCGAGCAGCACGCAACCCAGCGCCUCAGCGGAAGAUAAAUAUAUUCUGGUGCCCACCUACAACAAUGAGAAGCGACCUGCUGCGGCACAGAGCAAUCCCACCACAGUCUCCUCGAUAACCACGCACGUGGACUCCAUUGAGUCGAUUAUAUUACAGCUGAACAACAGCAGCCAUGGCCCUAGCUACAACGUGGUCAGUCAGCAGACGCCUUCGUAUGGCUAUGCACCACAGGCAGAGCACAGCGAGACGUCGGCCACCGCGCAGUCGCCCAGCUACUACGAGCAGGGUAGCCAGGAGCAGAAUGGCGAGGCUACCAAGGCACAGCAGCUGGAGCAGCAGCAGCAGGAAUAUGGCUAUACGACCACGGCCUAUGAGGAGCCCAGCUAUGACAAGGUGUCCGCUGAACAGGAUGCGACCGCCACGAACAGUCAGUCCGUGGAGCUGCCCACGCCGCGUCCCACCUACAACGAGGAUCAGUCUCAGGUGCUGGACGAGCACACAAUGCCAGCGACUACCUAUCAUGAUGCCAUCUCGCCGCAGGCACCGCAGACUUCCGAGUUCAAUAAAAUGCCCGUCAUGGGUAUAGCCUAUCCGGUGGACAUGUCCUACAUGGAGGGCGACUCCAAUCAGGCGGACAAUGAGCCCUCGGGCUAUGGUCAGCUCAGCAGCGGCUCGCUGGAGGGCAACACUGAGGUCAACUUUGAGAAGAUCACGAACAGCUACACGGAAGCGCCGCAGUCUCCCUCGCCCGUCUAUGUGCGUCCCUCAACGCCCCAUCGUCCCGUGGCCUCCUACAUUGGCAUGGUGACCAUGCAGCAUUACAAUGACCCCCUGCCCGCCGAGGUGUCUGUCUCCUCGCACACAACCAAGGUGCAGGAGCAGUAUGAUGAAACCUCUGCCGGCUAUCAACAGCAGACCGAGAAGCUAGCCACAGCCAGUCCGGCGCCCACCAGCAGCUAUCUGGCGGCCACAACAACAACGCAAGCGCAGCGCCCGCAAUACGAGAGCUCCUCACUGCGUCCAGUUUUGAUUACAGCCAGUCCCAGGCCACGACCCAAGCCCACGACAAGGCGUCCGCCAGCCAAGCAGCCGACGAGCAUUAAGAAAAAGCCAACACAGAGCGAGCAGAACACGAGGAGACCCGUCCAGCAGCAGCCGCCGAGCAGCAGCUACCACACGGAGGCGUCGGAGUCAUCCGUCACCCACACACUCAUUAAGCAGCCGGCGGCCAACUACAACAGUGAGCCGCAACAGUUGGACUCCGGCUACGGCCAAGCUCCGAGCUCGGGCUAUGAACAGCCGGCGUCAGCUACUGCCAGUUAUGAGGAGUUCUCCUCGGCUGCUUCCGCUGCGGGCUAUGAACAGGCUGCCACGCCUACGGCCAGCUAUGAUGAGCCAUCUUCGCCAGCUGUCAGCUACGAUCAGCCUGGCUAUGGCAAGCCCGCCCAGCCCAGUCCCAACUACGAACAGUCGGCGCCAGCGCCUGCGCCCGCGCCUGCACCCGCCACCUAUGAGCAGCCCGCGCCAUCCGUGCUCAGCUACCAUGAGCCGGCGGCCAGCUCGCCCACGCGCAAGCCCGUCUCCUCCAAGCCGAUUGCCACCAGCUAUGUGACGGGUCCCACCACGCCGCGUCCGCCAGCCACCGUGGACUAUCAUUACGAUAAGGUGCCGCCGCUCUUUAUGGCCGACGAUAAGCUGGAUGCGUUUAUACAGAGCACCGCUGAGAAUAUAUUGGGCUCCACGCCGGGCAACUAUCAGCCGCCCCUCUAUGCCACCGCCUCGACGCCCAUACACAUUCAGCAGCCGACGAGCAGCAGCUAUGGUGGUGGCCACAAGAAGCCCGGCUUUGUGCAGAUCAACAUUACGCCCAAGCCCUCGAAGCCCACCGUGCUGAUCACGCCCAAGCCGUCGAACAUAAAUUUGGCCACGUCGAGCAAUUGGGAUAACACAAAAUUGGGUGACAAUACAAAUUCCUAUGUCUAUGGACCGAUUGGGACCCGACGUCCCGGCAAUACGCCGUCUGUGGUAAGCUCCAACGAUUUUGAGGAUCCGGGUUAUUUUGGCAUGCCAGCCGGUGGUGUCGGCAGCAGUCCGGUGCACUUGACCUUCACACAAUCGACCACAGAAGCGUUGUACGGUGUGCCAUCCGAUGAUAAGCCCGCUUUUCCGGGAUAUUAUGGUCCGACGCCCACAUAUCCGGCAUUCUCGGUGCCCGGCGAGAAGGUUGGCCAGAUUGUCGAGGAAACAUAUACCUCACCGAAUGAUUUUGUCAACUUCCCGCCGGUGCGCAAUCCAAAUCUGAACAUGUCCGCCGCCUCAAGCGCUGUGACCAGCGAUCUGGAGCUAUCCACGCCCGCUUUUGUCGAGGAUAUUGUGCUGAAGGACAAGAUGCACACGCUCGUGCACAAACUGGUGGCCUCAUUGCAGGGCAACUUUGAGGCGCUCGCCGACAUGAUCGACGAGACAAACAAUACGGCCUCCACUUAUUCAUCGGGCGCCGCCAGCACCAACAAUGUCAACCGCAAGACCACACGCAAACCGGUGCGGGUGGCGACCACCUCGAAGCCCAGGGCGACCACAAAGAAGCCCGUGACACGUGUAUCCACUAAGGCGCCCAACAAGAAGACCUCGGCCACCAGCACACGCAAACCGGCCACACGUCGACCCACCUCAUCGGCCAGCAGCACAACGCGUCGUCCCAGCUCGAAGAAGCCAACAAAGCGCGUAAGCACCACGGCCAAGACCACGGCGCGGCCCGAGAACGAUGAAAUUGUUGACGAGGAGGAUGAGGAGGAUGUCAAUCCAAGUCCGCAUGAGAACGAAAUCGAACAGGAGACGCUGAGCUCUUAUGGUGGUGCAAACGGACGCAAAAUACAAUGCGGCGUACGUCCACAUGUGAAGUCGGGUCGCAUUGUCGGCGGCAAAGGCUCCACAUUCGGCGCCUUUCCCUGGCAGGUCCUGGUACGCGAGUCCACCUGGCUGGGCCUCUUCACCAAGAACAAAUGUGGCGGCGUUCUAAUCACCAGUCGCUAUGUCAUCACCGCCGCCCAUUGUCAGCCCGGAUUCUUGGCCUCUUUGGUCGCUGUCAUGGGCGAGUUUGAUAUCUCCGGUGAUCUGGAGAGCAAACGUCCCGUUACCAAGAAUGUCAAGCGCGUCAUUGUCCAUCGCCAAUACGAUCCGGCCACGUUUGAGAACGAUCUGGCGCUGCUGGAAAUGGACAGUCCCGUGCAGUUCGAUACGCAUAUAGUGCCAAUUUGCAUGCCCAACGAUCUGGCUGACUUCACCGGUCGCAUGGCAACGGUGACCGGCUGGGGGCGUCUCAAGUACGGCGGCGGUGUGCCCUCGGUGCUGCAGGAGGUGCAGGUGCCAAUAAUUGAGAACAGCGUCUGCCAGGAGAUGUUCCACACCGCCGGGCAUAACAAGAAGAUUCUUGGCUCGUUUCUGUGUGCGGGCUAUGCCAACGGGCAGAAGGACUCGUGCGAGGGCGACAGCGGCGGUCCCCUGGUGCUGCAGCGUCCCGACGGACGCUACGAGCUGGCCGGCACCGUGUCGCAUGGCAUCAAGUGUGCGGCGCCGUAUCUGCCGGGCGUCUAUAUGCGCACCACAUUCUACAAGCCCUGGCUGCGCAGCAUAACGGGCGUUAAAUAG